UUCUUCCGCCAUCCGGCUAAAUAGUCCCAUGGUCACAUCCUACCACGGAUAACACAACCCGAGAAGCGCCUUUCUACGCUUACAUUUCAGCGUAAACGCUGAAUAAUAAAGAAAAUCUGAGUAAAGUGGCCUGCCGCUCUCGCUAUACGUCUCCUAAAACAGUCUUCCUGUGUGCGCGUAGGGAUCUCGUACUAUAUAAGAGAGUCGGAGCCGGCGCUAUAUUCUCUCUCGGGUCCCGCUUCCAAGAUGACCAAGAAAAGGAGGAAUAAUGGUCGUGCCAAAAAGGGCCGCGGCCAUGUGCAGCCUAUUCGCUGCACCAACUGCGCCCGUUGUGUGCCCAAGGACAAGGCCAUUAAGAAGUUUGUUAUUCGGAACAUAGUAGAGGCCGCCGCUGUCAGGGAUAUUUCCGAAGCCAGUGUCUUCGACGCCUAUGUGCUUCCCAAGCUCUAUGUGAAGCUACAUUAUUGCGUGAGUUGUGCCAUUCACAGCAAGGUAGUCAGGAAUCGCUCUCGUGAAGCACGGAAGGACCGAACACCCCCACCCCGAUUUAGACCCGCGGGUGCUGCCCCACGACCUCCACCAAAGCCCAUGUAAGGAGCUAAGUCCUUAAGGACUGAAGAAAAGUUCUUCUCCAGAAAAAGAAAUAAUAAAAGGCAAUUACACUUCA